AUGCCGUGCUCGCUGCUCGACCUGCCGCCGGAGCUGCUGCUCUACUCCAUCCUGCCGCUGCUGCCCUCGUCGGCCGUGCUCUCCUUCCGCCUCGCCAGCCGGCGCGCCAACGAGCUCGGCAGCGACGCUUCGCUCUGGCGCGCCCUGCUGCUGCGCGAGCUCAACUUCCCCGCCCACGCCUCGGCGCGCGUCGCCGGCUGGCGCCAGCUGUAUGCCGGCCUGCGCGCGCCGACGCUCUGGACGUGGGGCGAGGACAGCGAGGGCCGGCUGGGCAUCGGCGCCGGGCACGAUACGCGCAACGUGCCGCAACAGGUUGCUGCGCUCAUCCGCCGCGAGUGGGGCGCGCCGUUCCCCGUGAGUCCGCGCUGGCAGGACGCGCCGCUCAUCGUCGGCAACGAGCUCGGCGACCCGGACCGCGAGUGGCCAUACUUGGAGGCGGCGCCCGAGUUCCUCAUUCGCGAAUCAGCCGGCAUCGAACUCGGCGCGCCUGUGGAGCUACACGCUGCCGGCUGGAGCUUUCUGGCGCUGACGAGCACAGGCUGCGUGCUCACGUGGGGCGCGCUGCGGCAACGCCAGAGCUUCCAGUAUCGCGAAGUCUGGACGCCGUCGAUCCUCGACUCCUUCAACAAGCGCGUGCGACGUCUCGCUGUCGGAACCGCCGCUAUCGGUGUCACAGACGACGAUCACAUCCUACAGUGGUCUGGACCGGACUCGCCUCGCGUCCUGCCGGACCUCUUUCCGUUUCAUCGCGUCACGGACCGGCCGCGAGUGGAGCUGCUGGCAAGUAGCGGUGACGUGGCUGCCGUUGCUGCGCGGUUUCACCUGGACGGAGAGCAAGGAUCAGCGACACAGCAACGCAUCGCUGCCUGGAACACGCGAUGGACAGCAGAGGUGGAUGAGACGCACCGGAGCUACAUCGACAUUGGUCAGCGGCGAGGCGUACCUGUGGCCGCUCACGACGUCGCUGCGACACUCUUGCCCGAGCUGCCACUUCCGCCAGACGAUCUAGCCGCCACCCUCGCCGAUCCUUCGCUCAGUGCCUCGCGGCAGCACACUGCGCAUACCACCGUAGCGCGCCUUGCGGCAGGCGAGCGGUAUCUCUACGCCCUGACGCCGUCUGGUCUGCUGUACAAGAUCGACAUCACGCAGCCUGCCUGGCCGCCGGAUGACUUUGUUGCAGAUCGAGUGGAGGAGGAAUGGCAGGGCGAGCUGCGCCACUUCGCCCGUGCCUACGGCCCUGGCGGCCGCCAGUGGCAGCUGUUGCGCGCCUUCUGCGAUCCGCUCUUGCUGCGAGCCGACGCUCGGUGGGCUGCCAUGGACAAAGCGCAUCUCCUGAGCGCGCCGGAGUUGCGCCUCACGCACCUCAGCGCCAACUUCCGCUCGUUCGUCGCGUAUUCGCAGCCCUCGACGAACGACGGUGCGCACGCACAAGGCAUCGUACUGCUGGGCGACGAGGAUGCCGGCCACCUCUCGCCGCCGAAGCUGCUGCCGGAGCUGCAGGGCAGCGGCGUGCUCAAGGUAGCUGUCGGCGACUAUCACUUCGCCAGCCUGGACAGCGCCGGCAAGGUGCGGACGUGGGGCCAGUGGUCCAAGGGCGCGCUCGGCACGUGGGAUGCCCACCCAGUCGCCUCGAGCCUCGCUGUCGCACCACCGCAGCCGCGCGGACUGCGAGGCGGCUUCCGUAUCGGUCUUGCGGGUGCAACCGCACGACGCACUCAACAGAGCUUCGAGCCACAAGACGACGGCACGUCGCCGCUCUCGCGCCGCUGUGCUGCCCGCCACGUGCCGCGCGAGCAGAAGGAGCCGGUGCAGGUGGCGUUUGCAGACUGCGAGCGCCUCGCUGAGCCGGGUGGCAGCGUCGAGGAGCAGACUGCCAACACGUUCGUCUUCGACAUCGCCCUGGCCGGUUAG